CCUGUGAGGCAGUAACGGUCACAAACGUCUAUGCGCAGGCGCAGUGGUACUUCACACAACCGCAAUAAGCAAACAUGGCGGCGGCCGUCGACAGUGUUGUGAAAGUGCUGGGAGAGCAGUACUAUAGAGAUGCUAUGGAGCAGUGUCAUAGUUACAACGCUCGCUUAUGUGCUGAGCGCAGCAUCCUCAUGCCUUUCUUGGACUCUCAGACUGGUGUAGCCCAGUCUAACUGUUACAUCUGGAUGGAGAAGAGACACCGGAGUGCAGGUGUAGCUCCAGGGCAGCUGUACACUUACCCAGCCCGUCGCUGGAGGAAGAAACGCCGUUCCCACCCCCCUGAGGACCCCCGCUUGGCCUUCCCCCCUCUCAAAGCAGCAGAUUUGGAGCUGGGUCUGAAGCGUGAUGCUUUGGGGACUGUGGAUGGCAGCAGUCUGGAGGCCCUGCUGAAAGGGGAGCCCCUCGACAGGAGGAGCGGAGUGUCGGACCUCCGCGGCCCUGAAGAUGACUCCGUAACUGUGGAGCCUCCUGCUACCUCAGCGGCCACUCACACGUCCUCUGGGCGUGUCCGCAAGCGAGUCCUUGACCAUGAUGACUACUUGGACGACCUGGAUGAUGACGACUUUGAGGACGAGACCCCCAAGAGACGAGGCAAGAGCAAGUCCAAGGGUCGCAGUGACAAGAAUGGCAAGAAAAAACAGGAGGCUGCAGCUGCAGCGCUGGAGGAGAGGGACAAACCUUACGCCUGCGACAUCUGUGGGAAGCGCUACAAGAACCGUCCUGGCCUGAGCUACCACUAUACACACUCUCACCUGGCGGAGGAGGAGGGCGAGGACCGCGAGGAGAUCGAGGCACCACCCACUCCUCGCCAGCCUGAGGAGCAGAAGACAACUAAGAAGGGUCCCAAUGGGCUGGCACUGCCCAACGAUUACUGUGACUUCUGUCUUGGAGACUCUACUUUAAACCAGAAGACUGGCCAAUCAGAAGAGCUGGUGUCCUGCUCAGACUGUGGCCGCUCAGGCCAUCCAACAUGCCUGCAGUUCACACCAGUGAUGAUGGCUGCAGUGAAGACCUACCGCUGGCAGUGCAUCGAGUGCAAGUGCUGCAACGUUUGCGGCACCUCAGAGAAUGACGACCAGCUGCUGUUCUGUGAUGACUGUGACCGAGGCUAUCACAUGUACUGUCUAAGUCCCCCCAUGACUGAACCACCAGAGGGGAGCUGGAGCUGCCACUUGUGCCUGGCUCUGCUGAAGGAUAAAGCCUCCAUAUACCAGCAGAACCAGAGCUCCGCCCCAGAGUGACAUCAUAUCAACAAGUCCCGCCCCAUCAGUAACGGGACCCGCCCCCGAUGGAAAAGUCAGACCUCCUCUCAGUCCGGAGCUCCAGGCUCUGUCCAGAUGUAGCAGGGCCAGAUUGCAGAUCAGCUUUAGAAGUCUUAAUAUCUACAGUGUC